UGAUGUGUAUCUUCUGACAGACUCUAUGCUGAGUAAAGUCAUGUUUUUAUCCUAAAACGUUUUUCUACCAGAACCAAAGUGUGGAUGCAGUCACUAUUUAGAGCAGUCUAAUCUCAUUAACCCAGAACUAUAAUCUUGUGUGAUUAAGUUCUGGGUCCAUACGUGUUAGAAACUACAGUAGGUGAGUCGCAUGUUAUUUGUUACAUUAGUUUCCAUGGAAAUGAACAGAGGGGUUUAUGCAAAUCAACCCUUUCUGUCUUGACACAUGAAGGAGGAGUCUCUGUAAUAACUAUUUAAAUCAGUCUGUCCUGACUCAGCUCAACAGUCUCCAGUCUACCAACUGGUCUCUGUAAUAACUAUUUAAAUCAGUCUGUCCUGACUCAGCUCAACAGUCUCCAGUCUACCAACUGGUCUCUGUAAUAACUAUUUAAAUCAGUCUGUCCUGACUCAGCUCAACAGUCUCCAGUCUACCAACUGGUCUCUGUAAUAACUAUUUAAAUCAGUCUGUCCUGACUCAGCUCAACAGUCUCCAGUCUACCAACUGGUCUCUGUAAUAACUAUUUAAAUCAGUCUGUCCUGACUCAGCUCAACAGUCUCCAGUCUACCAACUGGUCUCUGUAAUAACUAUUUAAAUCAGUCUGUCCUGACUCAGCUCAACAGUCUCCAGUCUACCAACUGGUCUCUGUAAUAACUAUUUAAAUCAGUCUGUCCUGACUCAGCUCAACAGUCUCCAGUCUACCAACUCGUCUCUGUAACUUCAUCUUUGUCUCUGUGGUGUACAGUCUUCAGGUGAUGAUGGGGGUAUUGAAUCAUCUCUCUACUCUCCUCCUCCUCUCUCUCCUUCCUCCUGCUCUCUCUCGUGUGGUGAACAGGUUCGAUCCAGAGUGCAAAGAGUUCUUCCUGGAGGGGACAACUCCAAUUCUCCCAGGUAUUUUGGUUGGUGGGAAAGUCCAGGACCAGAACCGCUACAAGCCGAUCUACCAGGUGUUUAAAUACAUGAUGAACAAGGUUGUUUACAACACCUACAUGUUUGCAACUCUCUACGACACGACCAACAUGAUCCCUGUGUUCUCAGCCUACACCUUCACUGGGGUCGGACCGAGAGAGAAAAGACCAGACACAUGGAUGAUUGAACCUCAGCUGGACGGAGGAAUUGAACCAGUUAUGGGUCUGGAGAAAGAAGGGGUCAUUUAUACACACCAGGCUGUCAAUCAGGAUUAUGAUGAAUACGGUAAAGACAAGAAGGUGAACAAAGGUCACAUGUUUUCAAAAGCUUUUGCUCACCAACCCGUUAAUCAGGACUCCACCUUUACCCUGACAAACGCUGUUCCUCAAGUACAGUCAUUUAAUGAAGGUAGCUGGGGAAAGAUGGAUUGUGAGGUUAGAAAGAUACUCCUGAAGCAAUGCCUUGAUAAUAAUGGUCAACCCAAGGCCUAUGUGUUGACUGGAGCAGUUCCCAGUGUCAACAACAAACUGAACAACCGAGUGAACAUCCCAGAUCUCCUGUGGACAGCCUACUGCUGUUACAACAACAAGAAGAAAGAGUGGAUGGCCAAAGCACACUGGGGUGUGAACCAAGAGGAAACAAACAAACAAGUAUUGAACCCCCAUACCUUGUCAGAGCUGUAUAACAUGUUGAAGCAGCACUACCCAGGUGAUGGUGAUGUCCAGGUGUUCCCAAAACAGUGUCCAAGAGGUUCUUCUCAGAAAGAGAGAGAGAAGAGCAGAGAUGACAACAGGAUGAUCAAAUGAAGAUCCGGCUCCUGU